GGUGAUAAGAAUUAUAUGUGGCGGUGCACGCUAAGAUAAGCCGAUCAAGCCACAAUCUGCAGCGCAUUCAUUUGGCGCGGCAACGCGGCCAUUGUUUGUGCCAUUGGAGGUAAACACGUGAAUCCCGUCUGCACGCGGGCAAGCGACAACUUUCCCGACAACCUAACACAAGUGUGCCAGCAUAGCCGAUUUCCUCCCAUUCUCUACAUUCAACAACAUGUCUGCCGCCUUCGAAUCGUCGCUGUCAAGCAGUCAGCACCGCCAAACCAUGUCCUCUCUGGGCCCCUCCAUGGCCGACACGCUACCGAGCACCGACUUUGGCUUCGAUGAGCUGCGUGAUCGCAUGGCCAAGUUCACCGCCAAAUUCGAUGCCUUUAUUGAGCAAGGACGCAAACGUGUCCUGGAAGAACGCAACAACUUUCGCAUGAACGUCGCGGAGCUACAAGAAGACCAGCGCAUGAAGAAGCGCGACAUUGAGAUUGUCCAGGCAAAGACAUCAACCCACGCGCAGACGAUCGAGAAGGAGGAGGCGGAGACGCGGGAGAUUGAGAGUGCCAUCGAGGAGCUAGCGCGCCAGAGAGACGAGCAGAACGCGACGAGGGAGGCGCUCAAGGCACAGAUUGAGCAGACGCAGGCGGAGAUUGACAAGCGGCUCGCUGCGCAGCGAGCGUAUGCGCAACGGCAGGAGGCACAAUCGCGCUUCAACGUGCCUGAGCUGGACUUUUGGAUCCAGAAUCUGUGUUUGACCAUUCACGGCGCCGGACGCGAGGAGCGGCUCAAGUUUGUGUAUACACACAUUGACGAGAAGGACUGGGAGAGGGAAGCCUGGUUUGAGCUACUGACAGGAUCGAGGGACUACGAUAUCAAGCAUUGCCGUCCCAAGCUGGAGCGCGAGAAGGUGGAAAAGGUGCUUGACAAGGUGAAUGAGUCGAGAGAAUUAGUUGUGUUACUGAAAGGGAUGAGAGAAUUGUUUGUGGAAGCGAUCCAGGGAUGAGUCUACUGCCUUCAAAUAUGCAGCUUUGUUUUUCUAAUGAUACCAAAUUGAAACGCCCGCUUAA